AUGAAUCCAUUCACCACUGACUUUGUUCCUGGCGAUGCUAGUGUAUCCGAUUCUAUAGCCAGCCAACUGAAGGGGAUUAGCUGUCCGAAACGACCGGGAUUUUAUACUUUUAGAAAGGAGUUCUGCUUUAAUGACUGGGCUGCAUUUGACUCUGACGGCGACUGUGAGAUGGACUUUUUGCAAGGAGAUAAAGGCGACUACAAAGGUGCACUAGCCAGCUUGCAACAAGUCGGCUACGGAUCCGUUAUAGCAAAAAUUCGCUUGGCUUUCAAUGCCACUGGUAAUAUCGAACGAAAGAGAAUUUUGAAGGAGGCUCAAAUUGAGGAAAGCGUCGCUAGAGAACUCGAAGAGCGUCGACGAACAUGGGACGUUAACAACGGGCAGUUUGACAAAUUUAGCCAGUGGUACAUCGAGUAUCGAAAGAACAUCUGGCACAAGUAA